CCCGCGCCAACCGCCACCCUCCCACACGUGCAUACCGCUUCUCACGACCAACGACUUGAUUUGUCACGGCCCACACAUAAAGAAACGCCAAAGAAAACGCGAUCAGAGGCGCGACAGCCACUCCCUUUGUCCCCAACACUUUCCUCACGUCCGAAUCUGCUCGACCGCUCUCUCCACCCACGCACACCCUCACAAUGUCUGUCGACUUCUCCAACGAGUCGCCACUGGCCAUACAGCUGCAGCAUGUCGUGCAGCCCAAGCUGGCCGAGUUUGGGUGGACGACGGGCGGCGACGACACGACGCUGUUCGAGUACAUUCUGCUGAUGCUGGCCAACGAUAAGAACGAGUCACAAGUCGCGUCAGAACUUUCGAACGAUCUGCUCGACUUGGGGCCGGAGAACACAGAGACACAGCAAUUCGCGCAGUGGCUGUUCGAGACGAUUGAGCAGCUGAAGAGACAACUUGCUGGAGGCGACGCGCAAACCGUGUCCGCAAACGACAACCAAAUGGAUGGCGGUUUCAAUGAUGCAUCUGCGCAAGACACCGAGAUGGAGGGCAUAGAUUCAGCACAGGGCACAAUCAGUCCCACGGGUCCCAAGGCCAUGCGCAAUGGCAGCGGCCCCCAGCCAACACGUCCAGCACGUGGCGGCGGACGCAUGCUUAACCAACUGAACAAGUCAAUGAACCGCAACGACGACUCGGCCCUGCAUCGCGUUAGAGGCGCAGGCCAGGGUGCUGGGCGGAUAAAUUCACACGCUCGUGAGGCGCCAAAAGGCCCGCGGGGUCAGAACAUUGGUCGCGGCAUCGAAGCCAUGGCGAACGGACGUGGCAUGGGCAACGUCGGCAACAUCAACAUGGGUCCUGGCAACAUGAACGGGAUGCCGGGCAUGAACAUGGGCGGAAUGCCUGGCAUGUCAAUGCCACCAAUGGGCCAACAGAGCAUGCCCGGCAUGCUAAACCCACAACAGCAGAUGGCGCUCAUGCAAAUGUACGAGCAGCAGGCACAGAUGAUGCAGCAGAUCUUCUCCGGCGGCGCCCCAACAGCAUUCGUCAACCCCAACUUCAACAACGGCAACCGCAACGGGAAUAAGAAGCCCCUACACCAGCGUAUGGACCGGCCACAGCACGGCAACAAGGGCAUGCACCCGUCUGCGAAGUUCCCGAAAAAGGAAGGUCAAGACGAGGCUAUGGGCGAGGGCUCAACCGAGAACGGCGACAGUAUGGAAGUUGAGUCGACGCGCUCAGAGCCCUCUUCGACCAUGUGCAAAUUCAACCUGAGGUGUACAAACCCAGACUGCAUCUUUGCCCACCAGUCGCCCGCCGCCGCACCAGGGACGCCUGUCGAUAUGAAAGACCAGUGCGACUUUGGCGCCGCAUGCAAGAACAAGAAGUGCGUCGGCAAGCAUCCAUCGCCCGCACAGCGCCAGAAGUUCCAGUCGGAGCAAGAAUGCGCAUUCUACCCCAACUGCCGCGAUCCCGCCAACUGCCCGUACAAGCACCCUCAAGCGCCACCAUGCCGCAACGGUGGUGAUUGCACAACGGCGGACUGCAAAUUCUGGCACACGAGCGUCAUGUGCAAGUUCAACCCCUGCUUGAACGUGCGCUGUGUGUACAAGCAUGCGCCCGGCCAGAAGAAGAACAGUACCAAUGUUUGGGUUGCGAACAAGGAGGGCGAGGAGAAGGAACAUGUUAGCGAGAGAAAAUUUGUGGAUGAGGAGGAACAGGAGGAGCUAAUCAUCCCGGGACAGAAUCAGAAUGUGGAUGUUGAGAUAUAG